CACUUCCGACCCACAUCCGGGUUCUCCCAACUUCAUGUUCGAAUUCAGGAUCGAAAGUCAGCUUUUCGGGCGGCACUAUGGCCUUAUAAACACUGGCUGCUCUUCUCGACUCUGAAUAAGAAAAUGGUGCCACCAACGCCCUUCCCAACACGCAGGCUCGGCGUGAAUGGACCAAUGGUCAGCUCGUUAGGUCUGGGUACUAUGGGAAUUGGUACCUUCUAUGGUCAAACUGACCGGGCCCACGUAUUCGACACUCUAAAUCGAGCCGCCGAUAUGGGAAUCGUAUUUUUCGAUACGGCGGACAUGUACGGGAAUUCUGAGGAAGUUCUUGGGGAGUGGUUUUCUUCCACUGGUCGGCGCUCUCAAGUUUUCCUCGCAACCAAGUUUGGUGCCAUUGAUCUCCGCCAACAAGCUGGUACCGAGCGUGUCAAAUCCCUCGCGCCAUGCAGUGACCCGAACUACAUUGUCGAGGCAUUGUAUCGGUCACUGGGGCAGCUCAAAACAGACUAUAUCGAUCUUCUAUACCAGCACAGAGUUGACCCGACAGUCCCAAUCGAGAUUGUGCUUGCAACACUCAAGCCGUUCGUCGAGAAAGGCACUGUCCGCUGGUUGGGUCUGAGCGAAUGUAGCCCUACCACUUUGCGCCGUGCUCGUGCAGUACCAGGCAUCGGAGAAAAAGUAGUCGCCGUCCAGAUGGAAUAUAGCCCAUUUGAUCUCGAAAUUGAGGAGAAUGGACUCUUGCAGGCAGCAAGAGAGACUGGGGUUGCAAUUGUUGCAUAUUCACCUCUUGGACGAGGACUGCUCACUGGGAAAUACCGGUCAAGAGACGAUUUCGAGGAGGGGGACUACCGCCGCACGCUCCCACGCUUCUCUGAAGCAAACUUUGCUCAGAACGUCGCCUUGGUUGAUCGUUUGCAAGCUAUUGCUGAUCGCUAUGGAGCGACAUCGACGCAGGUGGCGCUUGCGUGGAUUUUGGCGGAACAUCCAGAUUUUUUCCCCAUUCCCGGAACCCGCAAUAUCUCUCGACUCGAAGAAAAUGCUCAAAGCGCAAUGCUUCAGUUAUCGCCAGAGGAUGUCAGUGAGAUACGAAACUGGGCAAUGGCAGCAGAUGUCCAGGGGGCACGGAAAAGAACGGAGCAUAUGCCAGCGACGCAAGGCUCACGUAUUCUAGAUGCGCUGGCUACGCCAGGUCCCUCGUCAGACGCAUCACAUCGAACGCCCCUUCAAUUACUAAGCACACCGAACACGGUGGAUUCAAGUGGCAACACGCUAGGAAAACGGUUACGUGCCGCAAAUUUACAACGACAGGUGCAAAAGGGCCAAUCCGAAGCGCUUGGAGACGCCAACUUUCUUUCAAGCUCGUUCUCAUCUUCGCCUGCGCCGGUCGCAGCCGGGUUUUCGUUAAAUUACGACAAAGAUACACCGUUGCGGUCAAUAGAUCUCGGUGGGGAGGACCAACAACAGAAACUUGCUGAGUUUGUGACCCGUGGAAUUGACAAUCUCAGUCAUGGAGUGACCGUUCAAGAAGCUUUUGCUGACCUCGGUUUAAAAAGCCAAAAAGAUCUUCUGCCCGGCUUAGAAGUGCGGUUAUUGCCCCACCAAGCUAUUGGCGUUUCAUGGAUGUUGAAGCGCGAGCGUGGUCAUGAUAGAGGUGGAAUCCUUGGCGACGAUAUGGGCUUGGGAAAAACCGUGCAAAUGAUUGCAACUAUGGUUAUGAACCUCCCCAAAGACGAUGAUGAGCAUCGAACGACUCUCAUCGUCGUUCCUGCAGCCCUUCUACAACAGUGGAAGGAUGAAAUUGAGAGCAAGACCAACGAAAUGUUCCGAGUUCAUGUUCAUCAUGGCAAAGAUAAACUGAAGAAAACAUCUGAAGUCAAGGGCUACGAUGUUGUCAUCACCACUUACCACACUCUUUGUGCUGACUUCGCCAUCCCUUCUGACGUCGAGGCUUCCGAGGAAUCUCAAUGGCUUCUGAAGCACGGUGGCGUUCUUGCAAGAACGAAAUUCCAUCGCGCUAUUGCUGACGAAGCGCAAUACAUCCGUAAUCGCUCAACGAAAGCUAGUAUAAGUCUUGCUCAUGUACGCGCCAGGCAUCGUUGGAUGCUCACCGGAACCCCUGUGACGAAUACGUUGGCUGAUAUCUAUGGGCUACUUCGUUUCGGGCAUUUUCGCCCUUAUAAUGAUUGGCCAUCCUUCAAUGAACACAUCGCCAGAGUCCAGUUAGAGGAUGCACCUUUGGCUGGCAAUCGUGCGCAAGUUGUUCUCCGCCCGCUGAUGCUCCGGCGCACAAAGAACUCCACUCUUGAAGGAGAACCAAUCCUGAAGCUACCCAAUAAGGAUAUCCAACUUGUCAAACUGCGCUUCUCCGAUGAGGAACGUGAAAUUUACGAUACUUUUGAGAGGCGGACCAAAAUCAGGCUCAACCGUUUUAUUCGGGCGGGCACAGUCGUGAAAAAAGUCAUGAUUUUACGGUUACGACAACUUUGCUGUCAUCCUAACUUGAUCCUAUCUAUUGCGGAAGGCCAAGGCUUUGAAGACCCGACGCUCCUUGUUGGAAGUGAUGCUGACAAGGAGCGUGAUCGCGCACGGAAGACCAUGGGCAAGUCCUGGCUGGAAGCUGUCAAGAAACGGCAAGAAAUGCCUCCUGCCCCACAUGCAGCUGAGAUGCUGGAUCGCGAAGACGAGAUGAAUGCCGACUCUGCAAACUGCUCAAACUGCAAAGAUCUUCUCACGGAUGAGAGUGGUCGCAUUUUGGCUUGUGGGCACGAGCUCUGCUUCGAUUGCGUCCUUGAUUUGAGUAACUCUGCCAUUGCUCACGACGGGAUUUUCGGCGAGGGAGACGAGAGACAGAACAAUGCACGCGAAAAAGAAUACGAGGAAGCAUCUGCGAAAGGGCUUCGUCCUUGUCCGAAAUGCAAGAAAAUGGCGGACCUCACUCCUGGAAAAAUAUUCAAAUCUGCUGCGUUCGAGCCUACUGAGGAAGAACUCGAAGAGUAUGCCCGCAGUAAACGGCAAGCGAAGCGACCUCGAUAUGCAACAUACGAGCAUGCCAAGAUUCGGUCAGUGGAGAGGAAGCCCCUUGAAGAACGCGGUAUCGACUCCGAUGAUUCCGAUCUGGAGGAUCUACCGCUACUGGCUUCGAUGCGACCAAAGACCGAAACUAAUGAUGAGGAUUCGAUCUCGGUGAGUAAGAAAGUGGCUCCCAAAGGCCAAGGCAAGGGCAAGGCUAAAGCAGACGACGACGAGGAUGUGGAGAUGCCUUCAGCUGCAGUCAUCUCUAACUGGUCACGUGGAGAUGACUUCCUUGAGGCCAGCACCAAGAUGUGCGCUAUGCUUGAGAUGCUGAAAGAAUGGGACUCCACAGGAGACAAGACUAUAUGCUAUUCACAAUGGACCUCGAUGCUCAACCUAGUGGAAACCGUUUUCUCGCGCAACGGGAUACGCAGCCUGCGUUUUGACGGGAAAAUGAAUCGAGAGCAGCGUGAAUCUGUGCUCGUCCAAUUCAAACAACGGACAGGACCUAAGGUCAUUCUGAUCUCGACGAAAUGUGGCAGCGUGGGCCUCAAUUUGGUCUCAGCCAAUCGAAUUAUCAACUUAGAUCUCAGCUGGAAUGCUGCAUCCGAGGCUCAAGCGUAUGAUCGUGCCCACCGAAUCGGACAAGAUAAGCCUGUGUGGGUCAAACGGUUAGUUGUGGAGAACACUAUCGAAGAGCGAAUGCUCAAACUUCAAGAGGUGAAAAGCGGUUUGGCUGACGCUGCCCUUGGAGAAGGCACUGGCGUUAGUCUGCAUAAACUUAGCGUUAAAGAAAUCCGGCAGCUGUUCGGAAUGGCACCCGCAGAUAACAAUGACGAUAACUGA